UCAUUUUUUAUUUUUUUCUUAAUUAAUUUCCUUUUUUCGUUUUGCGUUGAGCGUUAAAUACUUCAAUUCAAUUCUCGCCGAGGUUUUCGUGUAGCUGCCAUCAUCUCGCACAGAGACAUGCUGCUACUCGUCGUCGUUGAUCCACGCGCCGCUUUCCUCCGCCGUUGAUUCAUCGCUGCUCCUCUUGGUUUGUUUCUUUGGUUCUUCUCAGGGAGGGAGCCACAAAUCGAAAUCAUUUUAUGGUGUGCCCAUGAGCAGAACUGAUGCUAUUGGCAGUAGAAGGAGGAGGGUUCUUCUCGUCUUCGGCUUCAGGAUAUAGCAAGGGCCUGAGCCUUCUUCUGCUGGGUCAGAGGAGUGAGGAUAAACCCAUGAGAGUUGCGCCGUGGAACCAUUACCAGUUGGUAGAACAAGAAUCUGACACUCAGCUCCAGCUGGCUUCCACAAAGAACUACCUUCCCCGCGGGUGUGCCUCCUUUGUUUGCUUUGGUCGCACUUCCGCAGGGCAUGACACUCCAUCUCCUCUCAAAGUGGGUCCUGCUCAACAGCAUGAUGUCUCCUCAGGGUCAUUUGUUUCCAACCAGGGAAAGGAUCCCUCUACUCAAAUUGAUAAUGAGAAUGAUAAUAGAAAGGUUGUACUUAAAAGUAGCUUGAAAAGGCCGCGAAUUAAUAAAUCAGUGGACGCUGCUAAUGAACAUGAAGCAUCAGAUGGAAAGGUAGCUGAUGCUCCUGGUGCCCAACCAGAGAGGAGGAGAGUGCAGUGGACAGAUGCUUGUGGUAGUGAGCUUGUUGAAAUACGAGAAUUUGAGCCCAGUGAGGAUGAUGGAUCAGAUGAUGAAUUUGAAAAUGGAAGUGGCAGGACUUGUUCCUGUGCGAUUAUGUAAAGCGGAGUCAUAAUUGAUGAUAGGAUCAGAUCACAUUCAUCGGGUUAUUCACUGCUAACACAAUCCAUCACUCGACCUGAGGCAAAAAUGGAGCAAAUAUUUUUCAGUCAUGUGGAGAUACAUACACCAACACCACCUUGAUUAAGCGAUUAUUUGUGUCUAUAAAUUGCUUGCUGCGGCUUUAAAUUUUGCUCCUUCACCCUUCAACAAUUUGUUGUAUAAUUCUUGUCAUGUGUGAAUUCUUUACCUUUGAUUCAUCAUUUUUAUGCUACAUUAUGUAUUUUUAUAUGGAUUAACAGAAGUUAAGUUAUAUUCUAUGGCGUUCUCUAGAAGAUUUGAGUUGGGUGGUGAUAUGAUCCAGCAAAAGGUGCAAUGACAUUGUUUUUGCAACGUAGCCAACUCCAGCCAGUGGGAUAUAGCUUUAGUUUUGUUGUAUGUUAUCUAGAAGAAAGGUAAUACAAAUGUAAAAUUUUGUAAAGAAUCAGGGUUGUCAUGA